CAAGGGCGGUGGGAUGCAGCAGAGGAGCUGGAGGUGCAAGUAAUGGAGACUCGCAAGAUGAAACUGGGAGCAGACCAUCCAGACACGCUGACCAGCAUGGGUAAUCUGGCAUCGACUUACCAGAAUCAAGGGCGGUGGAAUGUAGCAGAGGAGCUGGGGGUGCAAGUGAUGGAGACUUUUAAGAAGAAACUGGGAGCGGACCAUCCUUCCACGCUGAUCAGCAUGGCUAAUCUUGCUUGGACAUGGAAAAGCUUAGAGAGACGUGCUGAAGCUAUAGGCUUGCUGCAGGAGUGCGUUCAUCUUCGCUGUCAGACUCUUCGAGCAGGGCAUCCUGAUCUAGUGUCUUCUCGGGAAACCUUAGCUAAAUGGGAAGCAGAGCAAGGACUUAGAACUAUUGCGAUGAGUUUAUGUGACGGUUGA